AUGUAAAGAGCAACAUAAAAUGGGGAAGAGCAAGAGGAGUGAAGGAGGUGAUGCAGAUCCAGCAGCAGAACCAGCUCCGGAGAAUGGAGAGCAUGAAGAACAUCAUGACAAACCUAACUAUCAUCACAAGAAGGAGAAACAAUCCCACCCUCAACCGGAGUCCCAGCUGAAGGCAUCACUUGUAGGCAAGAAACUAGGCAUUCCGAUAGUAGAUGUCUUAAGGAAUCACCACGAGAGGAUAGCUCUGCUAGAGGAAAAGAUUGGGGAGACCAGAAUGGACGCUGUUUCCAGAGGCUUUCUUAAUGCAGAGGAAAAGAAAAAGAAGAAGAAGAAAAAGAAGAAGAAGAAGAAAAAGUCUUCAUCCAGUUCUUCCAGCUCCUCCUCCUCCUCCUCCUCUUCCUCCUCGAGUUCAUCAGAUGAUGAUCUCCCGAGGAGACACCCCGGUACUAUUCCUAUCGAUAUCAUGGCCGCUGGGAUAUCAAGAGAAGAGGUAGCGAGGAUGUUUGCAGCUCAGAACGCUGUUUUCAAAGAGCUCUUGAGAGAACAGAGAAAGUGCUAUGACGGAGCUCUCAGCGCAGUGAUGAACGAGAUAUUGAUAGCUUUGGGUGAGAGCGAGGUUGGAGCUGCAGGAAUAAGACUAGACAGUUUAGAAGGAAGGGUUGAUGUUCUGGAAGUCUCAGCCGUCGAGCAAAGUACAAAUAUUCCCCUACAACUCGGUGAAGAUGGUGGUAAAAUACCAAAAUUGCCUUCUUUUGGUAACCCAUUCGGAAAGAAAGUUGAGGAAGAGGAACCAGAACCAGAACCAGAGGAGAAAUCUGGAGGAUUCUUCAGUGGGGGCCUUUUUGGCAGUAAAAAGAAGGAUGAAGAUGAGGAGGAAGAAAAAAAGUCUGAGGGUGGGUUCUUUGGAUUCGGAAAAGAGAAGACCCCGUCACCAGAACCACCGUCAGUAACGUUCAGCAAAUACAAACGAGAUAGAGAACAUAGGAGAAAAGAAAGAGAAGAGAGAUAUCAGGAGGAUUACUAUUAUUAUCGGAAAAACAGAGACCCCGAUAAAGGGAAAGACUCAGAACACAGAAAAGGAUCGCCAACAAGUACACAACGGAAAUCAAAGAAACGGUCAGAACGUAGCAGCAAAGAUAAGUAAGACUAAACCGCCAGAAGGGCGAGAAUCGUCUGGAAAGUUCGAAAUUAGGAACCUGGACUCAGUUAAACACCAAAGCAGAGAGUAGAAAUUGUUCCUCCGAGACACGACAAUUCACAGGACAAUUAUAGAAUGUUGUUAGUAAUGGACGGACUAUGAACCGUUCAGAUACAAGACAAUACCCUGAAAUAAAGUUAAACGUACUGAAUACAUUAAUGCAAUCACAAUCUCUUAACAUCGACAAUGUUUGGGUCCCUUCCUACCAUUUAAAUUAAACCAUUCAAUUUGAAGGUUGUUUAGACUUUACAUAAUGAUUGAAUUGCAAUGACAGAGCUAUUUGUAAAAUAUUUGUAAAAUACUUGUAAAAAAUUAGUACACGCAUCGUUAAUCCAUUCA